CGUCAAACAGGACAGCAUCCCCGAUUCCGAUUUCGAACGCCUUUGUACCUUCCGUUUGACAUCUUACGCGGCGUUGGCGAGAUUCAGGCCUCACGCAAGCCUUCUAUCAGCCUUCAAGUACAAAGUACUAGCUAAAUGCGACACAGCAUGCUCGUCGCGUGCUACAGCGCACUGAGACGUCCCUUGUACUUCCCCCCGGAGAUACUCCACGCUAUACUAGCAGAUGUCGUGGCCCAGUUUCUGCAGGAUCUCUUCUUCUCCAGCUUCAUCGACUGGAAUGCCUGUCAAAAAUGUCUCGCGUCAAGCACAAUUCCUGCGUUGCUUCAAGUCUGCCAUCAAUAUAGAGAGGUCAUGUUUACUGUACUACAUGACGUCUUUGCGAUCAAGCGGGGUGCGGACGGCUGUCUUCCUAUGGAUGCAUGGAGGGAGACGGAACAUGUGAUGAGAGCCCUCUCUCUGUCGCGAUGUGGCACCGCUGCCCAAUACGAUGAGCACGUCGCCAUGGCUCAGAGAUGUUCAUCUAAGCUACUUCAGGCUUACCUUGAAGUGGGGACCAUGGAGGGAAGAAGUCGUGCUUUGGCCCGAAGUCACGUCGCGAGUGUCGCACCUCUCAAUCAGUUAGGGAUCAAUCUUGAACAUGCUGCCAGUCGAUUUCCUUCACUUCUCGCCGAUAUCAAGCACGAGACGUUUUGCAUGUCCUUCUCUCCAUUCCUAAGGACCGCUGUCACGAAGAGCAUGACUCUAUAUUGCCUUACCAUCUCUAGAUUUGAUAUAAUCGAUCGACUGCAAUAUCUGGAGCGACUUGGAGAGCGGAUCGAUAAUGAUAUACUCCAGGGUGCUGCUGAGCAUAUUGAAAGCAGCUUGAGGAUAUGGUCGUAUCGGGUUCCAUCUUAUCGCUACCCGGGGCAUACUAUCACAAUCCUGGAUACAGUCUACGAUUUAAAUCCUAGAGAAGAGGAUGUCAAGAUCGCCUGCUUGAGAACGAUUCCGUCUCUAUGGAGUCUACUCGAUAACCAGCGACUUUCCGUGGAACGUAUCUAUCUGGACAUUGCUCAAGAGCUGUUGAAAAAAUUGCGCCUCAUGGUGCUCUCGGAGUGUGCUCCUCUGACUUGUCCGGCGCUCAGGAGAAGUCGUUCACAACCAGCUCUCGGCAAGCAAUCGAAGGCAAAAAGACCGCGGGAUCAAAGUGCACUUCUCUGAAUGAGCGCAUAUCGCGAGCACAUGUCUGGUUUGCGUGUAAUACACGGUUGUCACCUAUAUGCUGAGGAAAUGUAUCCGACCAUUGUUCUACGAUUGACGAGAUUGCUCAGAAUAUCAGAUCACGUGAAGGUACUUGCAGAGUACGUGCGAAGUCAGAAAAAUAAAUAGCACAAGUCCAAAUUACCACCAUGGAUGACAAUCGC